GCUGCAGCGUCAACACACGCGAAGGUAAAGAGUACUAUCUGUAUAUGGCCCAGCGUAAACGGAUUACAAAGUUCGCCUCAGUCUCUCUCAGGCAAAUAUAUAAUCGACGUACACACGGACACGUAGAAAAUUCGAUAAAGCGCCCCCGCGCGCGCAAAACCACCGUCUCUGUGUGUCUCUCUCUCUUCUUUCUACGUCGGCGCGCAAAAAGUCGGCGUGCGCGAGGAAGGAACCUGUGCCUGUUCUCUCUCCACUAGGCACUAUAUACUCCAGUAGUUCGGCCUCGUCUCUGACGGCAGGCGCCUCGCAGCUACUUUACGGAAUCGCGUGAAUUUUCAUCUCAUCGCAUACCGAAUCGCCAACCGACGACGUGUGAAGAGAGUGUCAUAUAUAUGUAUACAAGCAUACCCACGCGCGAAGCGAAGCAGCCUUACUUCCGCAUAUUUCGAAGCGACGGAUCAUAAUAGUCGUCUGGAGAGCGAGAGAGGAGUAUAGAGUGACUAUUUUGACCCGGACUGGCGGCGGCGUGUGUGCAGAUAUAUACACAAUCGUCGGACGUAUGCUUCUCGGCGGUGUGACUGCUGCGAAAGGGGCUGCUACUGCCACCACUGCCUAUACUGAUAUGAAGUGACCCGAGGCUGAGAAGACUCGCCGACCCGGAUUAGACACGAGCAAGACAGCAGUGAAUUCGCGAAACGUUGGUAUGAGCAGCCUUUAGGGACACCGGAUCUUCCAUAGACGGGACGAUUUUUUUAUACAGUUGAAAAAACAAUCCCAGAAAAUGGUCUCUUCCAUUUCGACGAACGGGGACGCCGAGGGCCUCAAGAGCUCGACCCUCGAGCUCCAGGACGAGCAUCACUCGCGACUGAUUCUAUCCUCGCUCAACAUGAUGAGGAAGAACAAGCACUUCUGCGACGUCAUACUACACGCUGGCAAUGCGGAGGUGCAUGGUCACAGGGCAGUUCUGGCCGCGGCGUCUCCGUACCUAUUCGACCUGUUCAGCACCGAGAAUCAGGGCAACAAAGAACCAGUGAUCACGUACAAAUUGAGCGACAACAUUGACAAAAAGGCGCUGCAAAAGCUCAUGGAUUACGCUUACACUUCGAGGCUGGAAAUCAGGCCCGCCGAAGUAAAGUCGGUGUACCUGGCGGCGAGCUACCUAAAGAUGGAGCGUAUCGCGUCGCAAUGCGCAGCCCAUCUGUUGGAAUCGCUGACGCCCGAGUCUUGCCUCGACAUUCGCUCCCUGCCCGGCAUCACGCAGAACGAGACUUUCGUUAAGCAAGUCGAUGCCUACAUUAGGCAGAACUUCGAAGCGGUGUGCGCCAGUCCUGCCCUGUCCUUCCUGCCGAGCGUCAAGAUCGAGGUGCUCUACCAAACCAGCCAGGAGAUGAGCUUGGUCAACGGCUCGAGUCUCUGCUGCCUCGUGCUCGACUGGAUCAAACGAUUCCUCGCCGACCAAGACAACUCGAGCGUCGAGCAGCUCAUUGAAAAGACCUACUUGCUCUAUCUUGCUCUGGACAACAGUCUGCAGGACUGCACUGACCUGCCUUCGGGCGACGUUAGCGACACCGACAUCGUCCAGGAUUACAAGAAGUUGUCGUUGAAAACCCAGGCUCAGAACAAGAACCGAAGGAAGGGUGUGUUGCAACCGGCCAAGCCGAGAGUACUUAUCUACAACAGAAAUAUCGAGGACAGUAUAGAGGAGCAACUCGAGCCCGAUUGGAAUAUGAUCGGCGUUAACAAAGUGGGAGAACACACAUUCCUGGCAAUUGUGACGCUUAACGGCCGACUCGCCAAGCUGUCGGUGCUACUGCGUUUGAACGCACCCUCGUCGCCAGCGGCUCAAGACAACAUCAGCCGCAUUCCGGACGACCAGCGCAGCUCCAGCAGUGAGCCGGAUCUCUACUGCGCCCUGCCCACCAUGAAGGCUGGCAAGUGUUCGGUUGGCUGCGCCGAGCUCAACGGCGCGCUCCUCGUCUGCGGCGGCUACGACCGUGUCGAGUGCCUCAAGACCGUCGACAAGUACAUACCCGAGAGCAAUACUUGGGAGGUACUCUCGGCCAUGCGCGAAGCCAGGGGCAGAUUUGGUAUUGCCGUUGUCAACGGCAAGGUCUACGCCAUUGGAGGAUCCAAUGGAUCUACGGAGCUGGCGACCGUGGAGGUACUGGAUCCCGAAUCCGGCAAGUGGAAAGCUAUCGCCAGUCUACCUCUGGCCAGAUCCAACUCGGGCGUCUGCGCUUUAGGCGAGAAGAUUUACUGUAUCGGUGGCUGGAACGGACAGGCUGGCAUUAAACAAUGCGACAUCUUCGAUCCGUCCACAGGCGACUGGUCUAGCAUCGAGUCUCUGAAAAUCGGUCGCUACCAAGCUGGUGUCUGCGCGUACGACAAUAAGGUCUACGCGGUGGGCGGUUGUGACUCCUGGAACUGCCUAAAUAGCGUCGAAAUCUACGACCCUACUACCAACAGCUGGAGUAUGGGGCCAGCUCUGAUUACCGCCAGGCGCGGUUGCGGCCUAGCCGUUUUUCACGGACGCCUCUAUGCUGUCGGUGGAUCUACUGGCACGCACAGUCUGACCAGUACCGAGGUCUAUGACCCGUCCGAGCAAGUCUGGGUACCUGGUCCCAGCAUGUGCACCCCUAGGGCUAAUGUUGCUGUCGCCGUUGUAGGUGACAGAUUGUACGCAGUCGGAGGUUUUUCCGGCAAGAACUUCCUGAACUCUAUAGAGUAUUUGGACGUGCAUACUAACGAGUGGACGACGUUCAUCCCGAAGACCGAUGGCAUCAAGACACCCCCCAACCCAGAGUACAGCAACUACUCAGACUCAAGCGCUAAUGGCAGCGAGAAGGACAUGCCUCAGUCAACGGCGGGUAGCCGACAACUGAGUAAGGCAAACUCUGAGGUUGAAUGAGAUGCGAAAACGUCAAAAUCAUGCUAUUUCUCCUGCUUUUUUAUUUUCUCGCGUUAUAUAAUUUCUCCGUUCUACGCGAGAGCGUCAUUUACGAAAACUGUCGAUGAUUUUCAAGCACUGGAAGAGAGAAGUACAAUUUCAGUAUAUAUCAGUAUAUUUGGCGAAUAAGAGAAAGAGAGAAAGAAAAGCACGAUAGAGAGUAUUUGCGUAUCGCCCUUGGUCGUUUAUUCUUCUCGCGUGAACGAAUGUUUCUACGCGAGUAUAUUUUCGAACUUUUAGCGGUCCUUGAUACUUCUGCCGUUUUACGUAUUUGUAAUAUACUUACCCAUAUUUAAUGAGGGACGCCGUUUAAAAAAGCAAUUAAUCUGAUAAUAAAGAUUAUAUACACGGGUGAUAUGGCCGGUUUAUUUCCUUUGAAAGGUAUUGGAAAUAUCAAUUCUAGUACUAAGGACUGAGCAAUGUCAUACGCGGUAUAUAGAUGGUGUGUAUCACAUCUUUGAUUCUGAAGACCUUGUCCGUCUCCUUUGCAAUCCAGGUUUUCGAUUCUUUUGAUAUUAAUAUUGCCUUUACUGGUAAAGGUAGAAGUAUAGUUUUAUUGCAUUUGUAUUUUAUCUAUAUAUUUAAUACCCUUACUUACGUGUCUCUUGGAUUUAUUUAUACCGAACAAUUUUUUUUCAAUGGCUUCCAUUUGUACAAAGUUUUGAAUCGCAAAUUAUAUUGAGUAUAUUCCCUGUAUACUUAUCGACAGCUCUAAAUGUUCGUAGUUUGCCAAUGAUAUUAUCAAAUUGUUUAUAAUUAUGCAAAAGUGUGUAACAUUGCUCAGUUCGAAGAAUUUUUACUUGUAUACAACAUUGAGGAAUUAAUCAGAAAUUCUAUUUAUUGUAUACUUUAUGGCAAACCACAAUUAAAACGUCGAUAUAAUGAACUUACAAGCAGAUAUUAUGCAAAUUUCAAUAUUGUCUUGUGCUAUGUACUUAUUGAAAAUCGUAGAUGAAAAUUGGUACAUACAUCAAAUAUACACACUGCUUAACAUUCCCUUCCAGUUAAUUUUUUGCCUAAAAUGAAAAAUACAGGUGAUGUGACUACGAGGAUUUAUAAACUGCACGACCAAAUGGAUCUAAUAAAUUUUAACAUUCGUGCAUUUUUCCUUUCAUUGAAAAGCAAUACACUGCCAAAAACCAAACGUAUUUGUUCCUAAGUAAAAUAAACCGCACUAUAAGAUUUUUUGAAAGUGACGUUUUUGUGAUUAAACUCAAAGCCGGGUCCAACUGACAACACAACAAUUUUCAAACGUAUAAAUAAAAUUGUCAAAAUUCUGUAAAAACGGAUUUACAAUAAGUUUUAUGCAUUGUUCUGAUCCAUUGAUCGGCUCUAUAUAUGUGAUUUUAAGGACAGAUAUAAUGAUUGUGCAGAAAGUAUCAAGGGCGCUCGAUAUUAUCUAUGCGAUAAAAAAAAAAUACUAUCUAAGAUAUGAUCUAUGCUUCAACUAUAAAAUAUAAUUUGCUAUAAGUUUUUUAUUUUUCGGAAAAUGUCUGAAAGUAUAUUAAAGUACUAUAUAAUUUUGUCACGGAUACAAUAGAGUUAAAUUAAAAACUAUUAGACUUGCUGAAAAAUAUAUACGAAAAAAAUGAAUUUCUAUAAUUUUACACAUUUUUCAUGUGAGUGGCUGAAUUUUCGACGUUGAUUGAAAUAAUUACAGACAAAAUUGUAAAAUGUAUGAAGAUGAAGUUCUCGAUUGAACAAAAUUGACUAUUGUAAAAUGUAAAGCAACGCAAGCGUUUAUUGACACAUAAACGAUUCCAAGGUGACAUCAUUUGAGCUUGUAAGCAGUAAAAAAAAGAUGUACAGUAUGGUAUGAAUGUGAAACUGUUUUGUAAAACUAAUCUGAUUAUGAAAAAUUAUCGGCGAGUCUGCAUAAUAAAACUAUAACUGUUACAGUAUAACAA